CAAAAUUGAGACAAAGGAGACAAAUAUAGCAAUGAGUUGCAUGAGGUUUUCAAGGGGAAUCAGCAUCACUAACAAGGCUGCUCGAUUGGUGGGUGCGAGAGGGUUCGCAAUAGCUAGUGGCAAGGGAAAGAAGGGCCCGAAAGGUGGCGCUAAUGAUGCGCCUAAAGCUUCACUUAUGAGCCAUGAAGUAAAGAGCACAACAGUUGUUGGAGCCAAUAUCCUCAAGGAUGGUACUGAUCCGAAGAUAGUGCCCGAUUCUGAGUACCCAGACUGGCUGUGGCGCUUGCUCGACAAACGCCCAACGCUGAGUGAACUGCGGCGGAAGGACUCGGAAUCUCUCCCAUUUGAAGACCUUAAACGCUUCGUGAAGCUGGAUAACCGUGCCCGAAUCGAGGGAAACAAUGCUGCCAGAGCUAAAAAUUGAAGUUUAUACUAGAAUGUUGCCAUUGUUGGCUGUUCUCUGCAGUGUAAUCCCGUUAUGUUUAGAAAUGUCAUU